UUUUAUUACAUUUACAUUCACACGCGCACACUCUCAUAUAUAAAACAACACACACAUCCAUAAUACAUAAUCCGACUUCAUACACGAAACAUGCGCCUCAUUGAACAACUAUCUGCAACUCUUUUCGCCGCAACUCUCGUCUCCGGCUGGGAAACCACCCAGAUGCCUGAGAAAAUCCGCAAAGAGCUCUGCGCUGAGCAAGUUCUUUUCUGCACCAACAUCUGCGGCGGCCAAUCAUCCACCCGUGAAGCCUUCUGCAAUGUCAACACCCUGGGCUCCAAAUGCACCUGCACAAACGGUGCCGAGUCCGCCAUCCGCCGCUACCAAUGGCCGGCCUACCAGCGCGUCUGCGAAGUCCAACGCCUGGAAUGCCGCAACACCUGCGACCACAGCAAUAUUGCGGCAAACGAGAAGGCGUUUUGCUUCAACAGCUGUGACUCGAGACUGGCUUGCAACACAGAGAAUGCGCCGGAUCUCAAGGUCAUGGUUCAAAAGUACGACGAUCCUACGACGGGAAGCCCCCCAAAGCCGCCAGUUAAGCCCAAGGAAAACGAGGAAGAUAAGAAGCAGGUGAUCAAUGUCAAUACGGGCGCUGACGCGGAGAAGGAAGAUAAGAUCAAGGAAAAAAAGGGCCCUAAGGACGAUAGUCCCAAAAGAAGAGGCGGCCCGGUGCCCGCUGGUAAAGCCAAUAGUGCUGCCGUCCCCUCAAUGGCAAACGGCGCCCUGACUGCUGCCAUUUUUGCCGCAGUUGCGCUGACAGGCACAAGGUUCCUAUAAAAAACCAAC